GUUCAAAAUCUUUAGGAAUAAUUCCAUGUCGCUUGCUCAUUUAUUUUGCGUCGAUCGGUCUGUCUCGCUCGCUCGGUUCCGUUCGUGUAUUAAGCAACAUUACACGACAAAGAAAGAAACAUGUUGGGUGAUAGUGUGAUGUUUGUUUCCUUCGCGUAAUGUGUGAUGUUGCAUUACAUCGUAGAGUAAUAUUACCCGAGUAAUAUCACUCGCAUUACUUACACAUGUCUAAAGAAGACAUACUAACUAUAGUCGGAUUUUUUAUUAGACGAAGUAAACUGACGUUUACUGUGUUGUCAGUUUUUGAUGAAAUAAAAAUAGUGUUGUGACAAAGUGAACGAUUGAAAAAACUCCUGAAUUAAUGAAAUUGCCUCGAUUGUCUAGUGAAUAGUUAGUGUGCCGAACUGCCGAUAUCGGGCACGGGGUUCGAAUUUUAGCCGUGCUUUGUACAUACCAACGAGUUUUCGACGAAACAUUAUGUUCCUAUGGUAUCUACCAGUACUGAAUACCGAGUGUUUUAAACAUUAAGAAAAACAUUGCGAGGAAGCUUGUAAGACUGUCCUAUUUCCAAUGCAUCAUAUAGUUGAAACUAUAGAUGUAUAAAAUAUAACAAUUAUAGGUACACAGUUUGAAAUUAAUGAUUAACUCUUCACACUCAUUGUUCAUUUAUGUGAUUGAACGAGAACUGAACGCAUCACUAUUACUUUAAAUAUAGCAACAUUAUUUCACAAAGUGACAUUAGCUACUGUCAGCUGGCUUCGUUUAAUUAAAAAUCCGACUAUAGAUAGGAACACAAUGGAAAAUACCGAGAAAGCAGAUUUGAAUGACGCGAAGACUUGUAACUUACUGGCCAAAGGUAUUUUGGAGUUGUACGAACCACCAUUGACAACAAUAAACACUCAUUUGAAGGAAUUAACGGAAAAGCAAGAUGCUAUACACAACACAAUAAAAUUUGAGAGGCAAAAGCUAGAAGAUAUACAGAAUGAUGCAAUGCUGGAUGCAAUGUUAGCCGAUAUUGCAACAAACAGAGAAAAACUAUUAACCAUAUCGAAUUCAAUGAUGGUACUACAUAAAAGAGUGCAAUCGUUACAGGUCAGGGCAGCCAAUGUAGAAAAGGCAGCUAACACUAGAGCUGCUAUCAGUAAACAUACAAGUAAUUAAAUCUUAUACAAGUGACGGUAACAAAGUGUCCUAUAAAUAAAUAAGUGAGUGCUACCCUGUGCAGUAAUUAAUGCAAACAUUUUUUAUGCAAACAUUUUAUUUUUAUUGCUUAGAUGGAUAGACGAGCUCACAGCCCACCUGGUGUUAAGUGGUUACUGGAGCCCAUAGACAUCUACAACGUAAAUGCGCCACCCACCUCGAGAUAUAAGGAUAUAAGCUAUAAUAUAAUCAUGCCAUUGGCUGGAGCCCUUUUUAUUCGAAGGCACUUAAUUCGUUUUGGCGCUAAUUCUGGCGCUAAGGAAUAACAUGUCGGAGUUGUGAAAGGCAAUUUGGUUUAAGCAACAUUUCACUUAAUAUGCGACAUUUAUCAUUUUAUAGUUCGAUGGUUUUUAAUUGAAAUUCAAUUAUGUUUACCAUAUUCAAAUAGUUGAAGAAGUUAUAUUUUUUUCAAAUUUUAAACUUUAAACUUUAAACGGAUAAAGUUGUAAAAACCUUACUUAAAGCCUUUCACUCCUCGAUGUUAUAAAUAUUUAAAUUUACACCAUACAGUAAUAAAAUGGAAUUUUAGGGAGUUGAUGAUUCCAUUCCAAAGGAGCCACACUAUGAGUGUUAGUAAGACCAUGCAGCAUUCAACAUAAUAACUCUGUUCUCUCAAUCACAGUGUUGGUCCUUUUUAUUUUCAUUGUGGCAUUUACGAAUCUGUUACAGAAAUAAAAAAUGAAAAAUUAUUUUAUAAUCAUGUAACUUUAUUUAAUACUUAUACGUACACUAAUCAUACUAUAUAAGCGAAGUAUACAAAAAUAAUUAUUUCUAUUCACAAUUUUAGCUUUUAAUAUUGAAAAUUAAGUUGUAAAAUUUUUAAACAAUGUAGUAACUAUUUUUGUACAAAAAUAAACGAGUUGUACAGUUCGAUUAGAAAUCAACAAUCUACAAAAUUUAACAAUUAUAGAUUCAAAUGUUGGUGUUGCCAAUCACUGUUUUAAUUUAACAUGAUUUAAGACUUCAAGUUGUUAUGUUCCAUUAUAUGAAUGUCUCAUGUAUAACAAUUGAGACGUGGACUAUUCACACGCAUUACAACGUGCCUUUGUGAAAUUAUAUGGACUUACCUAAAUAUUAAUAACCUAAUGCAAAUAAGCAAGAGAAAAGCUUUUGAAAAAAUUAAUGUAGUCUGCCCUGCAGAAUUUAUUCUUCACUCUGUGAUAUUCAUAUACAUAGGUUUUACUAAAUGGCUUCGUUUAGACCGGCUAUCUACUCAUUCUUAGUGUAGGUAGCUAAAUAAAGAUGAGGAUUUUAGAGUUGUUUAAACAUAAAAUAAAAUAAAUUUGUCAUCAAAAAUAAUAGAAAAUCUAGUUCACAUGAUUGCAAUGUUCUCGUGAAUAAUAGAAUAAGUGAGAGUUGUUUUUCGUCCAUUCUAAACAGCUCCGAAAAUGUGACAUCCAUUACAAACCUCAACAUUCCUUAUUGCUGUGAUUUGAAAACACAAGUAGAUGAAAGUAUGUAUAAAAAAUAAUAAUACACUCUUGUAAUAUCUGUUGCGUUAAUUUCUUUUAGAGUUACUUUGAAUGUUAUCUGUGUAAAUAAAACCAUAAUCACCAAUACUUGAAAUUAUAUGCUCUUAAUACAUUAUACUUGUCAUCAUGAAGAUAAUAAAUCACGUAGGCUCUUUUUUAUUAAUGUUUUCAAAUAACUUAACCUUUUGUAAUACACUAAGUGUAAAAUCUAAUAUAAAAAAUAUUUUAAUGAGAUAAUAUAGAAGACAUAAUAUAUCUUUAAAAGGUACUAAUAAUUGUACCAUUGUUAAUAAGUUGUGAACUUAAUCUAUUUUAUAAAUUUAUUGUUAUGUUUUAGUAAAGAUAUUUGACUUAUGUUCUGUUCCAAUUUUAUUGAUGUAUUGAAAAUAUUCUCAAAAGUUCUUGAUGCAUUUUUCAUACAUUUUUGCUGAUGGCAACUUUAUAGUGAUCAAUAAUCAAGUGUUGCAAACAUUUAGCUAACACUUACACAAUUUUUUGUUACCUAUUGGAACAGUCAAGAGGAUUCUAAGACUAGUUUUAUGUUUGAUAGCUGAUACAGACAGACAAAUGAACUAAACGCAUGUAAUAUAUUUACCUUAAAUUUUAAUAUCCAACUGAGAAAUCGGAAGUUACCUAAAAUGGCACAAAACUUUAUUACAAGAGACUAAGUACAGAAAAGUUUUAUUUUAUUUUACAAUUCAAAAUAAUAAAUAAUAGUCUCAGUCUCUUUGGUGUGUUUGUUCAUUUGUCUUCAGAUAUCCAAAUUUAUUUAUAAUCAUUAAAUCUGGCAUUUUCUGUAGCACACCCAGUUCAAGUCUAUCUUAAUGUAAGGCAACUAGUAAAAGUUUGUUUUAGUAAGUACAUUACAUGUUCAUAAAUCAGUUGAAUAUUUUGGAUUUUUCUAUAGUAAAUAAAUGUAUUUUCAUGUU